AUGUCUCCUCUGUCCAGGUUGCUGCAGGAGGGCACAGAGGUGAAUGCCAGGCACAGGCUGGGCUGGACAGCACUCAUGGUUUUUUUUUCAGGAACUCCAGGUAGCGUGGUGAAGGUCCUGCUGGCAGCCAAGGCAGAUCCCAACCUUGGAGACGAUUUCAGCAACGUCUAUGAGACAGCCAAGGAAAAAGGCCUCCAUUCUUUGGAAGUCCUGGUGACCCGGGAGGACGAUUUCAGCAACCGCCUCAACAUCCGAGCCAACUUCAAGGGCUGCACAGCCCUGCACUAUGCUGUGCUGGCUGAUGACUACCUGACUGUCAAGCUGCUGCUGGAUGGAGGUGCCAACCCCCUGCAGAAGAAUGAGAUGGGACACACACCCCUGGAUUAUGCCCGGGACGGGGAGGUCAUGAGCCUCCUGAAAGCUUCAGAGGCCAAGUUCCAGGAGGAGCAGCGCCAGCGGGAGCUGCAGGAGCGGCGCCGCUUCCCGCUGGAGCAGCGGCUGAAGGAGCAGAUCAUCGGGCAGGAGAGCGCCAUCGCCACCGUGGGAGCAGCCAUUCGGAGGAAGGAGAACGGCUGGUACGACGAGGAGCACCCGCUGGUCUUCCUGUUCCUGGGAUCUUCUGGAAUAGGUAAAACAGAGCUGGCCAAGCAGACAGCCAAGUACAUCCAUAAGGACAUCAAGAAGGGUUUCAUCAGGCUGGACAUGUCAGAGUUCCAGGAGAGGCACGAGGUGGCCAAGUUCAUUGGCUCCCCCCCUGGCUACGUGGGCCACGAGGAGGGUGGGCAGCUCACCAAGAAGCUGAGGCAGUGCCCCAACGCCGUGGUGCUCUUUGAUGAGGUGGACAAAGCCCACCCUGAUGUCCUCACCAUCAUGCUGCAGCUCUUCGAUGAGGGCAGGCUGACGGAUGGGAAGGGGAAGACCAUUGACUGCAAGGAUGCCAUCUUCAUCAUGACCUCCAACGUGGCCAGCGAGGAGAUCGCCCAGCACGCCCUGCAGCUCCGCCAGGAGGCCCAGGAGCUCAGCAAGAGCAGGAUUGCUGAAAACCUGGAGGAUGUCCAGGUGACUGACAAGAUCACCAUCUCCAAGCAGUUCAAGGAGAAGGUCAUUCGCCCCAUCCUGAAGGCUCACUUCAGGAGGGAUGAAUUCCUGGGGAGGAUCAACGAGAUUGUCUAUUUCCUGCCCUUCUGCCACGCCGAGCUGAUCCAGCUGGUCACCAAGGAGCUCAGCUACUGGGCCAAGAAGGCCAAGGCAAGGCACAACAUCACCCUGCUGUGGGACAGGGAGGUGCUGGAUGUGCUGGCUGAUGGCUACAACCUGCACUAUGGGGCCCGCUCCAUCAAGCACGAGGUGAGGCCCAGGGGGGUCACCUGGGGAGGGGGGAACCUUUGGGGCUGCCCCCCCUGGGAGAGGGUCCCACGGGGGAGCACGUUAGGGGUCUGUGGGCAAGGUGGGGACAAGCAGCUGCUGAAGCCCCAGGAGAGCUCAGGAGAAGCCAAAAGCCCAACUCUGAGGUUGGAGAUCGUGGAGAAGGACAGCAAGGCCCGGAAGCUGGACAUCCAGGCCCCCCUGAACCCAGAGAACAUUGCCUACUUCUUGUAG